AUGUCAUUGCUGGCAACUGCCCACGAAGUCAGACUGGGAGGCCAUCGAGUCGGCGCGGGGGCGUCGAAAGCUUGCCGACACCUCUUCCUUCGUCGCACCCACNACCUUAUACUUUUCUCAAGGCUCAGUCACGUAAAAUCUCCUCUCCUUGUACAACAGACAUUCCGCAACUACAUGAACCCGGUGUUCGCACUCGGAGCCACGUUCACAUUUUGCCUUGGUCGGUGAGGUAGGGGGGGGGGGUAGGUGCUUCUAGCUUUGUUGAACGAGGCAUGCCCCUCGUCGCGUGGCAUUGGGGUGCCUGCCACGCUGCGCGCCAUGCACGAGAGCCAUAUCUUUACCCCAUGAAAUAUUGAAAGAGCUCGGCCAGCUGUCAAAGUUGAAAGGAGGUGUAAUUCUUGAUCGACACUUCGAGGCCAUCAAAGAACAUGUCAUUGCUGGCAACUGCCCACGAAGUCAGACUGGGAGGCCAUCGAGUCGGCGCGGGGGCGUCGAAAGCUUGCCGACACCUCUUCCUUCGUCGCACCCACCAGUUUUCGAAUUCAAGCGUCUAAUUACGCUGCUCUUGACAGUUCGUUGCUGAAUGUGGAGUACUCGAAAAGCUGAGC